AUGUCGCACAUUGCAAAACCCAAGAUAGGAAAACCAGUGUUUCCCUGGCAGAUCCAGCUCUCGCCGUGGCAGAGGUUCCGCCGCGCCCCGGCUGAGUUCCUUGUCCAGUGGCUAGACAAGAGGAGGACAGCACCAGCAGACUGUGCAUCUGUUUCACCGCCGGCAGGGACUCCUCCGAUUCGCAUUGUCUGUAUAUCAGAUACGCAUAAUAAACAACCCAGCGUACCAGACGCGGACAUACUCCUCCACGCCGGUGACCUCACAAACAACGGCACGUUCGAAGAGCUGAAGGCCCAGCUGGACUGGCUUAAAUCCCUCCCACACAAGCACAAAGUCGUCGUCGCCGGCAAUCACGAUCGUCUGUUGGACGCAGAAUACGUUGACCGUUUUCCGGACCGCAUCUACGAGGGCCCGGGCACAUCCCGCAGCGACCUCGAUUGGGGCGAUCUCAUCUAUCUCAACGAUACUACGACCGACCUCCGUCUUCCCGGCUGUCGCACUCUUUCCAUCUACGGGUCGCCCCUCACAGAGCAAUGCGGCACAUUCGCCUUCCAGUAUCCACCCAUCCGCGACGUAUGGAACAACAGGAUUCCCGACGAGACAGACGUUAUUCUUGGCUGCCCGCAGCUUCUCAAAGAGAUAUGGCGGGUCCGUCCGCGGCUUGUUGUCUUCGGACAUAUCCACGCUGGCUAUGGCCAGCGAGUUAUACCAUAUGAUGAUGGCGCCGAGGCAGCAUAUGCCAGUGUAUUCAUGAGAGCCAGAGGUGUCUUUGCGGCGUGCUCUAUGGUCUGGCAUAUCAUGUUGCAAGAAGCGCGAGGGCUGUUGCAGUCUAUUUUCGGCUCAUCGAAUGAGUUGCCAUUUGGCAUGAUUGUCAAUGCGGCCUUGAUGAGUGGAGAUGGUACUCGGGAUCCCUUGACCGUGCAGCUUUGA